GGCAGGGAAACCACCACCUGGCUUACAUCUGGAUGUAGUCAAAGGAGACAAACUCAUUGAGAAGCUCAUCAUUGAUGAGAAGAAAUAUUAUCUGUUCGGGAGGAAUCCGGAUCUGUGCGAUUUCACCAUUGACCACCAGUCUUGCUCUCGGGUCCAUGCUGCCUUGGUCUAUCACAAACAUCUCAAGAGGGUUUUCCUCAUAGAUCUAAACAGCACACAUGGCACGUUCUUGGGUCACAUCCGUUUGGAAGCCCACAAACCCCAACAGAUACCCAUUGACUCUACGGUUUCAUUUGGUGCUUCUACACGGGCAUACACGCUGCGAGAAAAGCCUCAGACACUGCCCUCAGCAGUCAAAGGAGAUGAGAAGAUGGGUGGUGAAGACGAAGAGCUCAAGGGUUUGCUGGGCCUGCCAGAGGAGGAGACAGAACUUGACAACCUGACAGAGUUUAACACCGCCCACAACAAAAGAAUCUCCACGCUGACCAUUGAGGAAGGGAACCUGGAUAUUCAGAGACCAAAGAGGAAACGGAAGAACUCCAGAGUCACGUUCAGUGAUGAUGAUGAAAUCAUCAAUCCGGAGGAUGUGGACCCUUCUGUUGGACGCUUCAGGAACAUGGUGCAGACAGCAGUAGUCCCUGUUAAGAAGAAACGGCUGGAGAAUCCAGGCUCCCUGACCACGGAUGACUCUGCGUCGCGGCGCAUGCAGAGCUUCCCCUACAGUGGAGGGUUAUAUGGGGGUUUGCCUCCAACCCACAGCGAGGCGGGUUCCCAGCCGCACGGCGCGCACGGCACGGCGCUCAUCGGGGGCCUGCCCAUGCCCUACCCCAACCUGGCCCCAGACGUGGACUUGACUCCUGUCGUGCCCUCGACAGUGAACAUGAACCCGGCUCCAAACCCUGCCGUCUUUAAUCCUGAAGCUGUGAAUGAACCCAAGAAGAAGAAAUAUGCAAAGGAGGCAUGGCCAGGCAAGAAGCCAACCCCUUCCCUCCUGAUCUGAGCUGGGUUUUGUGGAGGGAGGUGGAGUUCUGAACUCCAGAAACUGUUCACCUGCAGGAUCCUCUUUUUAAAAUUUCAGUGUCCUAAUGAGAUGUAAUACCAAGGUUGGAGAAAUGAAACAUCCUAUAAAGAACUGUCUUC